CAGUGCACAAGCAUGGCCCGAGCGUCCUCAGCAACCCAUUGGCUGAGGGAAAGUGUUGCUCAGCCAUCUACCCCCUGAUAGGCUCCUGUUCGUAGUGACUAUAGGAAGAGAAGACAUGAGGAGAUGUCAGGGUUUAAAGGGACAGUAAGGUAACAGACGGGUGGUAGGGAGCAGGAGUCCGGCCAGCAGUGGUGCAAAUAGAGAUGGCGGACAAGAUUAAAACCCCACGGACAAAGGAAGUGGAAUUUGGGGGAUCUCUAGGUGCCUUCCUGCUUAUGUUUGUCAUGCCUGGAACCGUCCUCUUCCUCCUGCUGACGUGUAACACGGAUGAUGCCAGUGUGUUGCGUGUGCCAGGCCCACUUCCACCGCUGCAGUCUCUGUGGAACCCAUAUGCUCUGAUUUUGCUACUGGGCUGGGUGUCACUGCAGGCAGUGCUGUACAUUCUGCCUCUCGGAACGAUAACCGAGGGAAUCACUUUGAGAGAUAACACCCGUUUGAAGUACAAGAUAAAUGCUUUCUAUGCCUUCCUGGUGAGUGGCCUGCUGGCAGGAGUGGCAGUGAUGGUCCAGUUACCCCUUUCUUAUGUCUAUGACCACUUCCUGCAGUUUGCUGCGGCUUCUGGACUCUUAUCUCUGACUCUCAGCAUCUUCCUCUACAUCAAAUCUCUGGCUGCUCCAGAGUCUGCACUGGCCCCUGGUGGGAAUUCAGGCAAUCCCCUUUAUGAUUUUUUCAUCGGACAUGAAUUGAACCCUCGGAUUGGCUCCUUUGAUCUGAAGUACUUUUGUGAACUUCGUCCAGGACUCAUUGGUUGGUGUUUGGUAAAUCUGUGCUUCAUGAUGAAGGAGGUUGAGCUCCGUGGUUCCCCCUCCCUGUCGAUGAUCUUAGUGUGUGGAUUCCAGGGCCUUUAUGUCAUUGAUGCUUUAUGGCAUGAGGAAGCGAUCCUCACUACCAUGGACAUUGUACAUGAUGGAUUUGGCUUCAUGUUGGCUUUUGGUGACUUGUGUUGGGUCCCAUUCACAUACUCACUACAGGCCUACUUCCUAGUCCGCCACCCACAGGACCUGAGCACUACGGCUGCUAUCGCCAUUGUCCUUCUCAAUGCUCUAGGGUACAUUAUUUUCCGAGGCUCUAACUCGCAGAAAAAUGCAUUCCGUAGAAAUCCAUUAGAUCCAAGCGUGGCUGGUCUUGAAACAAUCCCAACAGCAACAGGAAAAUGUCUUCUUGUAUCUGGCUGGUGGGGUCUUGUUCGCCAUCCAAACUACCUAGGAGAUUUAAUUAUGGCUCUUGCCUGGUCCCUACCGUGUGGUCUCUUUCACAUCUUACCCUAUUUCUACGUUAUCUAUUUCACCGUUCUUCUGGUUCACCGCGAAGCAAGAGACGAACACCAGUGUUUAAAGAAAUAUGGAUUGGCUUGGCAGAAAUAUUGUAAGAGGGUUCCUUACAGGAUAUUUCCAUAUAUUUAUUGAUUCAUCAAUAUUGGCCGCAUUUCCAACUGUUGCAGUCUGCUUUUUUUUUUUUUUUUU